AUGGAGGCUGGCUUGCGCCUUCUUCUCCUUUCCUGGCUCUUGGCCUUCGUUUUAGCCGAGCGGGUUUCCUACGAUGGGUACAAGGCCUUUCGGGUCGCAGCUGGUGAGAACAUCGAGCAAAUCAGGGAUCAGCUAUCAAUAUCAUCCUUUGACUCUGUCUCUCUCGGGUGCGACGAAGGUCAUUCCGAUCACCUGAAUAUUGCUAUCCCUCCUCAAAGAAUCUCGGAUUUUGAGGCCCUGGGUCUCCAAGCGACAGUAAUCAGUGACGAUCUGGGCGCUGACUUUGACGUUGAAGGCGCCUUUGAGCCUUAUAUCAGCAAGCAUAGCGCGUUACUCAAGCCGGGAGAAUUUACGACUCCACUGCCUGACCUCUCAUGGUUCAACACUUACCAUAACUACACGGAUCACCGCGGAUUCUUCGAGGACCUCCACGCCGCACUCCCUACCAACUCGGAAAUCUUCGUCACCGGCAAGUCAUACCAAGGCCGAGAUAUCUACGGUAUUCACUUCUGGGGCAAAGGCGGCAAGGGGAAGAAGCCCGCCAUCUACUUUCACGCCACAGUCCAUGCGCGUGAGUGGAUUGCAGCUCCUGUCCAAGAAUACCUUGCAUGGCAGCUCAUCAGUGGUUAUUUGAGUGACUAUGACAUUAGGGAAAUUGUCGACGAAUACGACUUCUAUAUGAUCCCUUUUGUCAACCCCGACGGGUUUGUCUACACCCAGUCCAAAGAUCGUCUAUGGUGGAAGAACCGUCAGCCUCGCAAGGGAACCUCUUGUGUGGGAACGGAUGGAAACCGGAACUGGCCUUACAAGUGGGAACUUGAGGGCGGCGCAUCCACCGAGCCAUGCUCAGAGAUCUAUAAGGGCAAAGCACCAGGGGAUACGCCUGAGAUCAGCGCCAUUGUCGAUUUCACCAACAACCUAACCCAGUCCAGCAACAUCAAGCUAUUCAUCGACUUCCACAGCUAUGGUCAGUAUAUUCUCCUACCGUAUGGCUACGAUUGUGAUAUUGUUGCCGAGAACAACAAGACCCAGAUGAAGCUGGCUGGCGAGAUGGCACACCAGAUUUACAAGGUCAACGGCACGCAAUACACUUACGGCCCAAGCUGUUCCACUCUAUAUCCGACCACCGGCACCUCGCCCGAUUACAUGACGGGAAAGGUCGGGGCAGAGUUUGCAUGGACGAUCGAGCUACGACCAGGUUGGAACGGGGCCAGUGGGUUUGUUCUGCCUCCGCAGGAAAUCCUGUCUACCGCCCAAGAAGUGUGGGAAGGGAUCAGCACCGCCUUGUUGCGGUGA